AUGACUUUCAGUGAGUUGUUAGGUGAACAACUUCUUCAACAUAAUCAAUCUGGCAGUGAAUCAAAUCAAAUAUCAACGGAUCAACUUAAUGGAAAAACUGUUGCACUUUAUUUCUCAGCUCAUUGGUGUCCACCAUGUCGAAAUUUUACACCAAAAUUAGCUCAAAUUUUUAAAGAACUUAAUAAAGAAGUCAAAGACAAAUUAGAUAUUGUCUUUGUUUCAUGUGAUGAAGAUCAAGCUUCGUUUGAUGAAUAUUUCAAGGAGAUGCCAUGGAAAGCUUUACCUUACUCUGAUCGAGAUCGUUCAAAAACAUUGGGUGAAAAAUUUGAUGUCGAAGGUAUUCCAGCUUUGGUUGUUCUUUCUCCUACAUGUGAAAAAAUUACUUCGGAUGGUGUUGAAGAAGUGCGUGCUGAUCCCAAUAAAGCUAUAGAUCAAUGGUCACAAGGAAAACGUUUAUUUUGGUCACGUGAAGCACGUGAAGGUGAAUAUGUUUGGGAAGGUACUACUUGUGAUAUUUGUCAUAUGAGUCCUUUGGUUGGUUCACGUCAUGGUUGUACACAUCAAGAAUGUGAUAUUAAUUUAUGUGAAACAUGUCUACCAAAUAAUAAGCAUGAGCAUCAUCUUGUUGAAUAUUUCAUACCUAAAAAACAUUAUUCAUUAGAAGCACUUUUAAAAUCAGUUCCUUAUUUACUUAAUCCUAAUAAUGAAGAAAAAAUUGAAACAAAAACAAUGUGGGAAAAUGAUGUAAAAAGUGUUGGAUUUUACUUCUCUGCUCAUUGGUGUCCACCUUGUCGUGGUUUUACACCAAAAUUGGCAGAAAUUUAUAAAGAAGCACAAGCAACUUCUCAUGGUUGUCGUAUUAUUUUUGUAUCAUGUGAUCGAGAUGAAGAAUCAUUCAAUAGCUAUCGUAAAGAAAUGCCUUGGCCUGCUGUUCCAUUAAAUGCUGGUACCCUUCUCAAAGCAUAUUUUCAAUAUUCUGGUAUUCCAUCAUUGUUUAUCGUUUCAUCCGAUGGACAAGUUUUGUCACGUCGUGGCCGUGAUGAUAUUUCAACUAAAGGAAUUGAAGCAUUGAAAACAUGGGGACGAGGAGAAAAAUUAUCUCCUCCUUUACCAGAAGAAUUUCAAUGGUCAUAUGUCUCAUGUGAUGGAUGUCAAGUGGCUCCUCUUAUUGGUCAAAGAUAUCGUUGUUUAACAUGUGGUAAUUAUGAUCUAUGUUCGGCAUGCGAAAAGAAAGGACAUGAACAUCCACUUGAACUUGUACCACAACCAACUGAAGAUGCUGAUGAUUGA